GCCCGCGCCCGUCGCCGUCGCCGCCGUCGCCGCCGCCGCAGCGCCCGCACAACUUUCCGGCCCGCGCCUCCGCGAGCGCGCCCGCCGCCGCCGCCUCCUGCCUCUCCUCCCGCGCCCUGCCCGCCCCUUCGCCUUCUCUCUGGCUGGGUGGCGGGGAAGGAAGAAGCAAUUCAGUAAGGAUGGCUAAAGGUGACCCCAAGAAACCAAAGGGCAAGAUGUCUGCUUAUGCCUUCUUUGUGCAGACAUGCAGGGAAGAACAUAAGAAGAAAAACCCCGAGGUCCCUGUCAAUUUUGCAGAAUUUUCCAAGAAGUGCUCUGAGAGGUGGAAGACAAUGUCUGGGAAAGAGAAAUCUAAAUUCGAUGAAAUGGCAAAGGCGGAUAAAGUCCGCUACGACCGAGAAAUGAAGGAUUAUGGGCCUGCUAAGGGAGGCAAGAAGAAAAAGGACCCCAAUGCCCCCAAAAGACCUCCGUCUGGAUUCUUCCUGUUCUGUUCGGAAUUCCGCCCCAAGAUCAAAUCCACAAACCCUGGCAUCUCUAUUGGAGAUGUGGCGAAAAAGCUGGGUGAGAUGUGGAAUAACUUAAGUGACAGUGAGAAGCAGCCGUAUAUCACCAAGGCGGCGAAGCUGAAGGAGAAGUAUGAAAAGGACGUUGCUGACUAUAAGUCGAAAGGAAAGUUUGACGCAAAGGGUCCCACUAAAGUUGCCCGGAAAAAGGUGGAGGAGGAAGAUGAAGAGGAGGAGGAGGAAGAAGAGGAGGAGGAGGAAGAGGAAGAUGAAUAAAAAACUGUUUAUCUGUCUCCUUGUGAAUACCUUAGAGUAGGGAGCGCGUGGUUGACACAUCUUGUAUUUGAGGUGUGAUUGUUGCCCUCAUUAGGUUUAAUUACAAAAUUCGAUCACGAUCAUAUUGUAGUCUCUCAAAGUGCUCUAGAGAUUGUCAGUGGUUUACAGGAAGUGGCCAUGGGUGUCCGGAGCACCCCGAAACUGUAUCAAAGUUGUACAUAUUUCCAAACAUUUUUAAAAUGGAAAGGCACUCUUGUGUUCUCCUCACUCUGUGCACUUUGCUGUUGGUGUGUCAAGGCAUUUGAAGAUGUUUCUGGCAUUUUAUUUUCAAUUUGUAAGGCGGUGUUAACUCUAUGGUUAUUGGCUAGAAAUCCUGAGUUACCAACUGUACAUAUCCAUAGUUUGUAAAAAGAACAGAACAACUGAGACAGACUCUUGAUGCUCCUUGCUUGGCGUUGAGGCUGUGGGGAAAGAUGCCUUUUGGAGGGGCUGUAGCUCAGGGCGUGCACUGUGAGGCUGGACCUGUUGACACUGCAGUGGGCAUCCAUUUAGCUUCAGGUUGUCUUGUUUUUGUAUAUAGUGACAUAGCAUUUGCUGCCAUUAUUAGCUGUGGAAAGGGGGGGCAGCUGGCAUGAGAAGUGUUUGGAUUUUUUUCUUUAGUUAAGUGUGGUAGAUUUUAAAUUGUUUGUUUUUAAAUUGUAGAACUCUUCAUUGUCAGCAAAGCAAAGAACCACUGCAUCAAUGAAAGUUCAGGAACCUUCUGUACUUAAAUCCAAUUUGCAACAUUCUGUUAUUUUUUGUAUGUUUAGAAUGCUGAAAUGUUUUUGAAGUUAAAUAAACAGUAUUACGUUUUUACAACUG